AGACACACCUUAUGUUGUCUGUCAAAUCUUGGCGCAAACUAAUUUAUAUAUACAUGCAUAUGUAUGUAUAGCCAAAUAAAUUUAUAAACAAAUGAAAGAACUGAGGAAAAUAGUUGAAAUAGUUGAUAAUACCGACACUCAAUGAUUUACUAAACAAAACACUGGGAAAUGCUAGAUUUUGUAUAACAGUGUAACACCAAAGCAAGCGUGCUCAGUAGGCGUUGAAAUUACAAUAUUUCGAUUCUCGGUCGCAAUUCGACAAUUCCUUCAUAGAUUUACAAUAAAACAAUAAUAGUUAGGUCGUGACGUUGCCGCGGAGGAGGUGCAUCUAAGUUCAUUCGGUUUCUUUUGCUAGUAAUUAGCACUGGUUCGCUGUUUGUUCGGAAUUAUGCUGUCGCCAGAUUUACAUCACCAGGAGGAGGUGAAUUCGGCUCUAGAUCGUCAGAUUCGCAAGGAUAUACAGGAUAUGGCUCAGGAGGCUCAAAUUCAGGCACAAAUUAUUUCACACGAAGCCAGAGACAGAUAUCAGUCGACGUCAAGCGUUGAAGAUGAUGGACAUGAAAAUAUGGGUCAUGAUGGUACCGUUACCGUUCUGGGAGUGGUGGAAGAUGAUCAACAUGAAACCAUAGUGGAGGAAGAUGUUUCCGAGCACGAUAUGUCGGAAAUUCAUGAAACAAAAGAAUACAAAGAUGUGAUGAUGGACUCGCAAGAUGGAAGUAUGCUCCGCAAACGAAGAGGAAAUCUCCCAAAACAUUCUGUUAAAAUUCUCAAGCGGUGGCUCUAUGAACAUCGGUAUAAUGCUUACCCAAGUGAUGCUGAAAAAUUUACGCUAUCACAAGAGGCAAAUUUAACUGUAUUGCAGGUGUGUAAUUGGUUCAUAAAUGCACGGAGACGCAUUUUGCCAGAAAUGAUUAGGCGGGAGGGAAAUGACCCUCUGCAUUUUACUAUUUCUCGCAGAGGUAAAAAGCAUAACUCAUCCAUGAAUUCUUCAGGAAGUCUAAAUAUGUCGGGGAUUGCGCCAAACCCAAUUACAGGCAGUCCGGCGUCAGAAGUAAUCGUAGGAGCAACGGAAGAAGUAGAAGGCGAAGAAGUUCAUGAUGGGGUGGCCAGUGUGUUAACAGCAUUGGGCCAUUUCGUCCAAACACCGGGUGGGCAAAUGGUCAAGGUAGAACCAGAUAUAGAAUACGAUGAUAGUGUUAUAUACAGAUGCGAAAAUAGAAUCGAUACAAGUCCCCAAGAAUUCCAUAUUAUACGAUCACAAGUGAAAUCCAAGUUUAUAGAAAAAUUUCAAGAGCCCAAGCAAUGUCCAGAAUUAUCUACCAAUGUGUCAAUGCCAUUACCUUGUUCAAAAAGUGGUCCAAAUAACUCGGAAUCGUAUUGUAAUGCAAAACAUUACAUUAAGUCCGAGCAUCCAUUUGUCACAACCUCAUCCAUUUGUCAAUAUUCACCCAAAGCGGAAUGCAACUUAUACACACAGACAUUGAACGAAAUUUUUCAUUUGCAAUACCAAGACAACUAUCGCAAAAGCAAAAUAAAAGAAUUGAGGUCGGAGGACGACAGUGCUAACGAAUAUGAUACCUGCGAAGCACCUAGUGGAGAAGAGGGGAAAUUUGAAAACUCUGAUGCUUGGCAAUCGGUAAUGAAUACUGAAGAAGUGACAACAACAAGUCCAGCGACAGGAAACCACACGUAUUGGUCCUCUUCACACUCCACAUUGUCACAUGCGUGUCCUUCCGCCGAAAAAACAACAGGUAGCACAAUGCAACAUCAAUCAACGAGUGUAAUUCUACCGAGUGGGGAAGUUAUUGCUCCAGAAGUCUCUGGUGUUGGUGCUGAAGCUACAGUUAUGACAUCUAACAAUCCCGCUCAUCAAAUUGGCAGUAAUUCCUUGAACAAUAAUGACUUUGUUUCGAACAAUGCUAUUAGCCAUAUAUUCAAAGGUGUUUCUAAUCAUGUAAUAGACAAAUUUAAGUGUUUGUACCUGCUGGUGGAGACUGCAGUUGCUGUGCGGCAACGAGAAAAGGACCAUGAAGAUGACAUACAUGUCCUGGGUGAUUGAUUCUACAGUAUGAGAGUCUUCGAAAAUUUGAGUCACUUUGUAGCCCGGUCUACAAUUAAUCUAAAUAGUAUUUAUCUUCCUUCUCCGUACUGUUUCGUUCAACACGAAUUUCUGUAAUAUUCUUAUAUGCAAUUAAAAAUUUUCUUGUUUUUAAAA